GAUGCCUUCAAAUCGUUCGGUUAUAAAGAAGCUCCGUUGAUACCGACUGCAUUGUUGGUGAUUGCGUAUGGCAGUGUUGGUAUCGUAGCAUUUUUCGUCAAAGACGCACCACUAUUUCUGCAUCAAUUCUAUGUUAUAUGCAAUUGUUCAUUGGUUUCUGUGUUUUAUUUGCGUAUGUUCCCAACACAUACAGCGUGGUUCGUGUUGUUUUGUGUCAUCCUUUGGGAUGCCUUCGCGGUGUUGGCACCAAUCGGACCGUUGAGAAAGAUUAACGAAAAAGCGCAUGAAUAUAGUGCCCAAGUGCUGAGAUUCCUGAUGUUCACAGCCGAAGAUCCGCAUUUCGCCACGGAAGAAGACAGCAAUAAACAGCCACAAUUAAGCUCUCUAAUGGAAUCAGCGUUCUCAAUUAAUAAAAAUUCACAGCAUCCGAGUGUUGAGGAUAAUCCGCGGCGUGAUCAUCGACCUAAAAUUACGGCUCAGUUCAGUGACAACGAAGGAGAAGAAUCUGAUAACGAUUCAGAUCAGUCUGAUACUGUAACUGAAGAUAGCUACACGGUGAGUACUCAGGCCAAAAAAUUAUCGCAUAAUCUUUCAGAUGGGUAG